AUGGCGGAGCAACGGGUGAAUCAAUACUUGACCACCAACAUGAAGAACAACAUUGUGCAGCAUCUACUGAAGAACAGCCAAGGUGGUGUUCUUCGAAAAGGAGCAGUGUGUGAGGCAGCCGAAGCUUUUGCUGUCAAUAGGAAGACUAUUUCCAGACUUUGGAAGGCAGCCACAGAGAUGAUGGAGAAUGGAGAACCUGCACACAUGGUUGGAAAAGUUAAAGGAUACAAACGUGGAGAAAAGAAAAAAGUUGAUGAAGUAAAGGUUAGAUCACUCUCUGUCCUUGAAAGAUCCUCCUAUAGGGUGAUGGCACCAAAGCUUGGAGUUAGCAAAACUACAAUUUGUAGGUGGGUAAAGGAUAAACAGCUUAGGCCCCAUACUAGUGCAAUUAAGCCACAUUUAACUGAUCUAAAUAAGUUGGCAAGACUGAAAUGGUGCCUCAGUCAGCUUCAGCCAAACAUUAUUGCACGUACGGUUGCAUUUAAUGAAAUGCGCAAUGUAGUUCACAUUGAUGAAAAGUGGUUCUACUUGACAAAAAGUGCGGAUAGGUACUACCUAUUGCCGGAUGAAGAAGAGCCACAGAGAUCAUGCAGAUCAAAGAGAUUCAUUACCAAAGUCAUGUUCUUGUGUGCCGUUGGCAGGCCACAUUUUGGCCCAAAUGGGGAAACUCUUUUUGAUGGCAAGUUAGGCAUUUUUCCUUUCACAGAAAUGGUACCAGCACAGAGGAAUUCCAAGAACAGACCAAGAGGCACAUUGGAGACAAAGCCCAUUCCAGCAGUGACACAAGCAGUGACAAGGGAGUGGCUCAUCAACAAGAUUAUACCAGCCAUUCAUUCCAAAUGGCCUACAAGUGCAUCCAAAGAAAUUUACAUUCAACAAGAUAAUGCCAAACCACACAUAAGCACAACUGAUCCAGAGUUUGAAGAAGCUGCCAACUCAAAUGGAUUCAAAAUCCAAUUGAUUUGUCAACCACCUAAUUCCCCAGACACAAACAUAUUGGAUCUUGGUUUUUUCAGGGCUAUUCAAUCAUUGAAGGAUAAGAAAGCAUGCAGUAAUGUGGAUGAAUUGUUGCAGAAUGUGAGUAUGGCUUAUGAAGAGUUGACACCACAGACACUGAACAAAGUGUUCCUUACACUACAAAGUGUGCUGUCAGAGAUCUUGGAGGUGCAAGGUGGGAACAAUUACAAAAUCCCCCACAUGAACAAGGAUAGGCUGGAGAGAAUAGGGGCUUUACCCAAUGUGCUGGAGGUGGAAGAAAGGGUGGUGAGGGAUGUGUUGGAGUACCUAGCACUGCCUCAGAAUAAUGAUGGUUCUUCCUAUGACAUUGGGGAUCUGGCCACUGCAUUUGGCUACUAG